UGUGGUUUUAACCUUAAAAUUAAUGUUCUAUUUACAUUUCAAAAUAAAUUAUGAGUUCAGGAUAAUUCAGUCAAAAUGAUUAGAACUUUGAAAUUGCUCCGCGUGAGUUGUAAUGCAAAAAUAAUAAAAACGCAGUUUCCUGUAAAAAAAAGACUAUUUUGUGUUACUCCAAGCUUAAGACAUGGUGAAUACGAAUGGCAAGAUCCAAAAUCGGAAGACGAGGUAGUUAAUAUAGUUUAUAUAGACAAAGAUGGUAACAAGACCAAAGUGAGAGGCAAAAUUGGUGACAAUGCUUUGUACUUGGCACAUAGAUAUGGAAUUGAAAUGGAAGGUGCAUGUGAGGCGUCCCUAGCUUGUACGACUUGUCAUGUGUACGUACACCAAGAUUAUAUGGACAAGUUGACAGAACCGGAGGAAAAAGAAGAUGAUUUGUUAGACAUGGCACCAUUUUUAAAGGAAAAUUCUAGAUUAGGUUGUCAAAUCACCUUAACAAAGGAGAUGGAAGGCAUGGAGUUAUCAUUACCAAAAGCAACAAGAAAUUUCUAUGUUGAUGGACACAAACCAGCGCCACAUUGAUUAUUACCUUUAUCGUUGUGGUAUUUAGCAUUAUUUUUAAAAGUUAUAUUUUAUAACCUUAACUAAGCUAUGCCUGUUUAAAUUUUAUGAUUUUUAUGCGAUAUGAGUCAAUGCAAGUAAUCCAUGAAGUUACACACCACCAUAAAUGUUUAUGGAACUGGUUGAGUUUAUUUUGCUUAAGCAGUACUUGAAUUUCCAAGUACAUAAUCUUAAGUAUUAUAUUGACUUGGUUUAUGACAGCAUAAUAUAACUAUCUCGAAACAUUGUAUAUAUUUGUAGAAUAGUAAUUCUUAUUAGUAAAAAGCUCUGUAUUAAUGUGUAAAUAAAAUAUUAU